AGCCUCGGGGUGGCCCACCCCCGGAGCGUCAGAUCAAUCUCAGUAAUAUCCGAGCAGGGGCCAUGGCCCGUCGAGCCGCUCAGGGCCAACCCGACACCAAGGACACCCCUGAUGAGCCAUGGGCCUUUCAAGCUAGAGAGUUCCUGCGGAAGAAGCUAAUCGGCAAAGAAGUGUGCUUCACUGUGGAAAUCAAGACCGCUUUGGGCAGGGAGUACGGCAUGGUCUACCUGGGGAGAGACACAACAGGUGAGAACAUCGCUGACUCCUUGGUGAACGAGGGCCUUGCCACAGUCCGCAGGGAAGGAAUCAGGGGCAACAAGUAAGAUUUUUGAAUCUCUGCUCC